GCCCCGCCCGGCCAGCCCCCGGCCAAGGUGGAGCAGCUGCGCAUCAACCAGCAGAUGGAGCACCUGGUGCAGUGCUUCCAGCAGGUGCCUCACGACCACUGCGAGGAGCACAUGGACCCGCUGAGCGUGUACUGCGAGCAGGACCGGCAGGUCAUCUGCGGCGUGUGCGCCUCCCUCGGCAAGCACAAGGGUCACAACAUCAUCACGGCCACCGAGGCCCACCAGCGCAUGAAGAAACAACUUCCCCAGCAGCAAGUCCAACUGCAGGAGGCGCAAGUGCGCAAGGAGAAAACCAUCGCACUGCUGAACAGACAGAUAGCCGAGGUGGAGGACACGGUGGCGCGGUUCAAGCAGCAGGGGGCGGAGCAGCUGGGGGUGAUGCGGGCCUACCUGGGGGCGCUGGAGACCUCGCUGGGCAAGGAGGCGGAGCGGGUGCAGAAGCAGGCCACGGCCGUGCUGCAAGACGAGCGCAAGACCAUGGGCCACUACCUAGAGCAGCUCAAGCAGAUGGAGGCCGUGCUGGGUGAGGUGCAGGAGGAGAGCCAGACCGAGUUCUUGAGGAAAUACUCCCAUUGCCCCCCCCAUCUGCUCCCCCGCAGUCCUGCCCCCCCUCCAGCCCACGGGGCAGGGGACAUGGGACCAGAACAGCCCUCCUGGGUGGCCGAGUCCAGUCUCUGCUCUUGCAGGAGGCUGCAGAAGAUCCUGGGAGAGUCCCCACCCGUCGCCCGCAUGGACAUUCAGCUGCCGAUCAUCACGGAUGACUUCAAGUUCCAGGUGUGGAGGAAGAUGCUCCACGCACUGAUGCCAGGAAGCUGCCCGCAGAUCUCAAAGCGCCAGACUGUACCAAAUGCCAUGGUGGCUCCUUCGGAGACUGCAGGGCCCAGCUCCAAAUUCACUGAGACGGGCAGUGGCCAGGGUUCCCUGUAA